AUGUCUUCGGGUUCCCACAACUCCGCGUUGAAAUUGAAGCGAACAUCUCGCAUGUCAGUUGCAUCACUUGACACCACGUGAACCUUAUAUUCUUCAUUCGGAAUAAGCCUUGCAUCGUCCAUACUAACAACCUCCAAGGGUUCACCACCCUCACCCAACAGGUCAUUGUACUUCAACAAAAAUGCAGCAUCCUCCACCCGUCUCAAAGGAAUUUCCGAUUUGCCUGCACUUACAAGUGCUUCUUGAGGGAACCAUUUAUCCUUGAAUUUUACGCGGUAUGUUCCUUCUGUCGCUUCACUGCCGUCAGGGUUGGUCAAUUCAACUUGUACCCAUGACAUUUUAUUUGGCAACCACCUUUUCUUUCCCACACACCUUACUACCACCUUCCCACUUCCCUCGUGUUCGAUCAUUCACACUGCAUUGUCAACCCAAUUUGCAAAUUUUUGGUCAACUGCUGCUCCUUUUCCUUCAUUUGUUUCGACGGUUACUAUUGUUUCGUCAUCCGUUACAUCCCUGUAUUUUCGAACAGGAAAAUGAGACCAACUAUCUCGUCCCAAUAAAACGUCCACGUCCAUAACACCAUCCGGGACCACAUGCGCCAGCACAGCUAAACAUGCAGUAGGUGAUCCAAUAUUCUUGGGUGCUUGUUUUCCCCCUUUCCACAAUUGUACGUUUAACCUCGCUUGUUGUGUGGUGCAUCGUCGUUGCUUGAACCCCCGCGAACACUUGAACUCUUGUGGUGUGGCGCGCGUCUAAUGUGACAUCCCCCCCUAUCGCACUCGUGAAGGGAGACAAGUGCUCUGCUGGUUCUCCUGCGGGUUUGCACAUGAUGAUGUUUGCACACCACCAAGACCAGAAAUAUCUUGCGGGUCGCUAGUCCGCACGUUACUCCUGCCCGAAUGGCGCAAUUCCGUCAACGCGUCUUUCAUCGCCACGGGCUUAGUAGACGGUACCACAGAUUCCGAAUCCACACCGUUUCCGGGGUAAUUACUUCCAUUACUGUUAAAAAUUCCAAAGGCCCCUAUGUUACCACCCUCACCAUUGUUAGACGGAUAGCAUCCCCGUCCCUGGAUCAUGACUCGUGAUGUGCUUCAUUCGUCCGUCCAUACCCUGAAACUCUCUCGGUCUUGGAAUAACGUCGUCAUUCUUGACCUCAGUCCCUUUGUUUUCUUCAUUUUUCCUGUUCUCUGGACAAGGUGGGUUUAACGGCCAACGUGCUACCGGAAAGGCGACCGAAUUCUUACCGUUGCACCUUCAACCGUGUUUUUUAAGCUAUUCAUGCCAGCCUCUGAGCCGCUUUAACCAUUUCGACCAUCUUUCUUUGACCAAUUGCGGCGGUCCCUGGCCCAAAUCCGGGUUGAGCAUGUUCGAUUUGUUUAUGAAAGGGUGUGUGCACUCUCGCACGAAGUGUGACUGAUCGCCGCAGUUCAAACACUUUAACCCGUAGGCUUGUCUUGCCUUAUCUUGUUCUUUUCGGCUGUCAAACCGUGAAUAGAAAGGGAUGUAAGAUUCAUCACCCUUCCCUUUUUCCCAUUGUGUUGCCACAUAAUGCACUUUUUUUAAUUAUUUUUCUUCAUCUUCCAUUUCCUCAUGAAUAUUCAUCGCUCUUGCCCCCUGAGAGGGCUGUUUGCCAUACAUCCUUCCUGCGCUUGCUGCACUCGCAUAAGACGUCGUUCCUGCGCUAGCAUUCCCUCCCCCUUGUCCCGCCCUUUUUGUUUGCACACUUAUGACAUUUCGUUUCACCGCCGUAGCUUCAGUCGUAUUCCAUGCCAAAACUUCUAGUGCAUCCAUUAAGUCCCGAAUACUGUCAUACGGUACAGCCAUCAGGUCUCUCCCCUUAAAUACAUUCACCGCGAUAUUACUAUAUUGGUCGCAGACACUGUCACUCACUGCUAGCUGCAACACAUUGUCUUGCGCACUCUCAUGGCCGACACUCAUAGCAUUCUGCACCAAGGCCCUUAAAGUAUUCAUAUAUUCUGAGAAUGGUGUUCCUGCAUCCACUUCCAAGUUCUGCAAAGCAAACACCACAUGUUGCGGCGUCGCCAUGCUAAGCGUCCGGGUUAGCACCCUUACCAAAAGUUGAGCGCUUCUCUUCCUGCCAUCCCAUUGUCCAACUGUUGCCUGGUUUGGCUGAAGGACGAGGUGAUCUUCGCCUUUAGAUCUAACCCCUGCGCGUUAGGAAGGCGCGAAGACACGGAAUUCAAUACAUGUUUUUCAAGUGCAAUGUCCCAUCCUCGCACCCAAUCUGACGAUUUCGAAUUAUCUCCUGCCCCCAACCUCAAUUCUUCCACGUUUUUAACCAGAGUGGAUGACAAGGAAACAGUUUCAGCAACACUCAUGCGCUGGCCAGCUAGAAGCGGCAACCUCAUCAGAUUAGCUGUGGAAUACGUGGCAUAUUUUUGUCUGAUUGCCGUCACUUGUUCCUUUGAUAGUCUUUCAUCAGAACUUUCUUCUUUUGCCUCCGUUGAAUUCUCUAGCUCCACUGCGUUGUUAGGUACAGAGGAUGGUUCUGUCACACUCGGCUGCACAGUUUGAGGCGCGUCUAUCACCGCUGGGGAAACCGCUGCUGUCACUGGGGCGUCUACUGCCCUCGGAGACUCCACCCUUGUGAAAGUGACCACAGGAGGUUUGUUGCUUCCACCAUAGGAGGUUGUUCCAUACCAGAGUUUAUUUCUCUCGCCUCCAUGUACCUAUGGUUCGCUGGUUUUGCCGCAAUACAUCGGAAUGCCAUAUCCAUAGCCAUAGCUGUCGACAUACCUGCCAUUUUGCCAGUGCGACGGCGGCUGUCCUUGGGGUGUGUGGAAUGGUCCUUGAGGGUACAUCAUUCCUUGGGGCGGACCUCCCUGGUAUCCAUCUUGGUAUCCCUGGACCGGGUACUCCCCCGACCCACCUCCACCAAAUCCACCUCCCAUUCCACCAUCCAUUCCUCCUUGUCCCAUCCAUCCUUCAUUCCUUUCCCUGUAUCCUCCUCUCUGAAAGUGUCCUUGCCCCCUUCCCUUGCCCCUGGGAGAGAACCUCCCCCUUCCCCUUCCUCCUCUUCCACCU